AUGUCUUCGUUCUUUACUGCUCCCGCCUCUCAGCGGAAGCGGAAGCGUGCGGUAGACCCGGCAGGAAAAGCCAGAAAAAGACGUGAGGUGGACAAGACUGAGAGACGGGAUGAUCAACAGGAGCGCCUCCGCCGCAAGCAGACCAAUGCCCGAGAAACUCGCGGGUCAGAUCAGGAUGACGAAUCGAUAUCCGGCAGUGAAUCUGAGGACGAAGUUGAGCCUGAAACUGGCGAUGAAUCUGAGGCGACUUCCGAAGAAGGAGAAACCGCAGCGGAGCGCCGAGUGAGGCUCGCACAAAGAUAUCUCGACAAUAUCAAGCAAGAGGUGAACGAGGUUGGGUUCGACGCCGAGGAUCUCGACAGAGAUUUGAUUGCAAGGAGACUGAAAGAGGAUGUGGACGAAGCAAAGGGCAGACAAUACAGACUGAUCGCUACGAGCUUGGACUUCGCCAGUGCCACACUCACUCGGUUCAGAGCAGACACAGAGAGCACCACUGCGGUGGCAGUAUGCAAGCCAUACGUCUACACUGUGAGCAAGGACAAGACUUUGAUAAAGUGGCAACUUCAAAAUCCCCCGUUUUCCUCUGGCGACAAAGGUUCCACGGCCCCCCGGCGACGACAGCCGAAGCAGCUCGCAUAUGUUCGAGGAAUCAAGAUCAGGGCGUCGGCUCCUCAACAGCACGGUCAUACUGGUCAAAUCCUUGCGGUUGCCGCUUCGCCUGAUGGGAAAUACGUCGCCACAGGCGGCGCAGAUAAGAAGCUUAUUGUCUGGUCUGCCGAAGAUCUGAGGCCUCUCAAAACUUUUACUACGCAUCGAGAUGCAGUCACGGCGCUCGCAUUCGCCCCAAGCUCUUCUACUCAAUCCGGUUUCGGUGCACAACUCUUCAGUGGCAGCAAAGACCGGUCUUUGAAGACCUACAGCCUGGCAGGGGAAGAUAGCCUUGCUUAUGUCGAAACACUUUUCGGCCACCAAGACCAUAUUGUGGAUGUCUCCCCCGUCAGCGUUGAUCAGUGCGUCACGGUUGGCGCCAGAGAUCGAAAAGCCUUAUGGUGGAAGGUCGUGGAAGAGUCCCUCACCAAGUUCCUCGGAGACAGUUCGAAGAAUGAUGAAUAUCAAACAGGGAGUUUGGACUGCGUCGCGGCGCUUCCUCCUUCCAACUUUGUAACCGGAUCUGAUUCCGGCGCUAUCAGUUUAUGGAGUGUUCACAAAAAGAAGCCACUAUUCACUAUCCGGACGGCCCAUGGGGUAGACGAACCUCCUCCUCUGGAGGAAGUCACCUCAGAAGGCGAUCCCAAGGUGAUCGAGAGACUCAAACAAGUUGACACACGAAAACCGAUUCCUCGCGGGAUUACCGCUCUGGCAGCACUGCCGGGGACAGACAUCGUCCUCAGUGGCAGUUGGGAUGGUUGCAUCCGAGUAUGGAAACUGAGCGACGACAAACGAAGUCUGUUAUCUCUCGGCUCAGUUGGACAGCCUGCAGACACUGUUGAUGGCCAGAACGGCUUCGUCAACGGCGACUCGGACCCAACACAUGCCUCGCCGACAGCGGCAGCAAAGACUGGAGAAACGGCGAAUGCCAUUCGUGGCGUCAUCAACUCGAUUGCUGUCUUUGAAAGGAGGAAAGAGAUCACGAAUGAGUUCGGAGGGAAGAAAGAGGGAGAAUGCCAGGGUCUCUGUAUUGUUGCAGGCACUGGAAAGGAGUUGAGGCUAGGAAGAUGGAUGAAGUUCCAACACGGCAAGAAUGGUGCGGUGGUUUUCGAGGUGCCGCUGCGCAAGGAGUCUUAG